AUGAUGAAACAAUUAUCGUUACUUUUUGUUCUCUUCCUCACCCUGUCGAGUGUGAUGAUGAUGGUUUCCGCUGAUUCAACAACAACAACAUUAGGAGAAAAGAGUUAUUGUAUCAAUGAAUUGGAUGAUAGUUUUAUUAACAAAUGUCAUCGUCAAGUACCAACAAACUUUUUAACAAUGGUUGCUAAUUUUGUUGUUCAAUGGGUAAAUCCGAGAACAUUGGCUAUUACAGCAGUCAUAUUUUUACUUGCAAUUCCAGUUUUACAAAUUGCUUCUGUUAGAAGAGAUUCACAAAUUAUUCGUCAUACUCUUGCCAAGUUUUUACACAACAAGAUUGUAAUUUUGAAUUUUUUACAUAGAGUCUGUUAUACUCUCGUUUUGGAUGUUGCCUUAUAUACUGUAUUCAGACAAAUUAGACCAUGUAGUUGUACUACUGAUGGAGGAAAUACUUUUCAACAUUUUGGAAGUCGAUAUGGAAUGCCAUCUGGUGAUGCUAUGAGUGGAGCAAUUUUUGGAAUUUUCCUUUUUGAUGUUGCCCCUUAUCAUGGGUGGUUGGCUAGAGCUUUUGCCAUUAUCAUUAUCCCAAUUGUUUGUUUGGAAAGAGUUGUUUUGGGGUAUCACACUGUAGCUCAAGUCACUGUUGGCUCAUGCAUGGGUAUUGCUUUGCAUUACUAUUCUACUAGAGCUCCUCAAUUCAUGAUCUUCUUUGACGGUAUUGUUCAAAUCGUUUUAGGUGCCAUUCUUCUUCAAGUUGAUCCAUCUCUUGUCAAUGAAAGAGAUUCAAUGAAUAACUUGUUCUCUUGGUAUGUCUGGGGUGUUUCUUUCCAAAUUUAUGUUUUCAUGGAAAUUGGAAGAUACUAUUUCAAGAAGAAGAAUUUCAAGAAGAUCAGAUAUAGUUUGCAACACUUGAUUUCCACUAAGCAAAUUGGUGAAGAAGUUGACUCUGAUAUUGAUCAUGAAAAGGAUACCAAGCAUCUUGAUGCUCAAAUGGAUGUUACUAAAUUGACUGACUUUGGAUUUACUUGUAUUUCGUUCACACUGAUGUCAAUUAUUAACUUCUUCAGUACAGCCAUCGGCCAAGAAGGUUGGCUAACUAAAAUGCACUAA